AUGACAUCCGUCACAAUACCUUCAAGUACUGGUUCACUACAUGGAGGUUACCCCUCAGUACGAGAAGAGCUACCAAACAGGGAAUCCAAUUUUAAAUCGGCUAGAAGCACAAAAAGGUUCCUAAGCUUACCAUCUACGUCGGAUUCCUGCAAGAAGCGUAGAAAACAAUCUACCCCGAUAAGAAUUUAUAACUCAGAACCUGAAUCCUCUGGAGGAGAUACUUCUAUUUCUAUACCACCAUAUUCCGAAACUAAACCGGCAGAAUCCUGCGAAAAUAUUUGUCAUGUGUGCCAACUAAGAUUCGAUACUGCUGAGCAGGCACAAAGUCAUAUUGAAUAUGAACAUCAGCAAGUAGAAUUUAAAAGGGAACCUGAGGAUGAAACAGAAACUACCAGUUCUUCAGCACCAUUUGUUGAGGCCCCUUUGUGCUUAACAAUGCCUAGGUCAGAAGUUCCAUGGACAGGGGAACUAUCAAAUAAAGAUUGGGCCAAUUCCAACGUGCAAAACAAUUCAUUCGGCACUACCAAUCCGGUGUUUAUGGCAAUGUCCCAAUUUAGUCAACCGGAUAACCUCCAAAUCAAGCCUAUACGAAUCUUCAAUCCAGAUGCUUACUGCGAUUUGUGCAACAAAGAGUUUUGUAACAAAUAUUUUUUGAAAACGCACAAGGCUAAUAAACAUGGUAUCUAUACGGAUGUAACUACUUCCGAACAACAAAUACCAAAUGCUGCCAGCAUACCAUCUUUUGCAACAAAUUUAAACCUUAAACUCUCAGCUUCGGUGCCAAGUAUAGAUGCCACAAUAAAAAGCGAUCCAAAGAUUUCGGCGAUUGCUAUGAACCCAUACAUUUUUCCUUGUUCCUUUUCGAAUCAGUUUUCAAAGCAAUCUCUGCCGGGUUUGCCAAAUAGUGAACUAAGUGAUGUGCAAAAUCCAAUUUCGAUGCCAACAUCCAAUGGGCCAUUGUCUUCUAGUGGAAGUGAAAAAUUAUUGACUGAAGAUCCGUCGAUCGAAGUAUGUUCCAGUCCUAGUAAUAACCAAAACGAAUCUACCUCAGCUAAGAAUGAAUCUGAUGGAAAUGUAAUAUUUUUCAAUUCUGUUAAAAUGUCACCAAGUCAAUCUAUUCGAGAAAUGGAGCUGUCCAACCGUUUAAGAAAAAUAGGAGUUAUGAAUCCUAAAGCUUUCUGCGAAAUUUGUAACAAGGAAUAUUGCAACAAAUACUUUUUACGCACACAUAAAAUGAAACGCCAUGGAAUUUACAUCCCCGACGAUAGAGAUCCAAAGAUGGAGGGAAUGGGAAAUAGCUCUUGGCCUUCUACAAUACAAACUAGUCCUUUAAAUCUUAUUGUUACUGAACAAUCUCCCUCUCAUGAUCGUAAAACAUCAUCGCCUAACGACAUCGGCUGCGAAAUUUGUGAUAUAAAAUUUCAAAAUUCCAAUUUAGCUCAACUUCAUAAUUAUACAAUGCACGGCAAAAUGACUCCCAAGGAAAAUGAAUCCAAUUUAGAUACAAGUUUUGGACCAUCUAGCGAUGAUUCAAAAAAAUCACAGGAGAUGUGCAAAACAUCUGUUCCUGAAAAAACUGAGGCUAUAAGUGAAGACUUGCAAAAACUACAAACCAUGAUUCUUCAAUUAAAUGAUCUUGAUGAAGCUAAAGCAUCAACCGCAUGUACCUCUUGCAACAAGGAAUUUGAAAACCGUUUUUACCUUCACGCUCAUAUGGUGACUGAACAUGGAAUGUUGCUAGAAGAUGCAACCGAUUUUGAGAAAAGUGGAGAUUCCGAAAAUAGCAACAAUAAUACCCUAUGUGAUCUUUGUGGAAAAGACUUACAAAAUGCAGAAGAAAUGAAGAAACACAUUCUGGAAGCCCAUUCAAAUAUUUCUUCAGGUCCCGAAAAUCACAAAGAAGAAUUUAGCUAUGAAAAUGUACCUCCAGAUAAAUCAUCAAGUAAAAUAUUCAUACCUGGAGGUAGUGUACCUGAACGAAGAUUAUCCGUUAAUGUAACUCCAACGAGCAGCUACUGUGAGAUAUGCAACAAAGAACUUUGUAAUAAGUAUUUUAUGAAAACGCACAUGCAGAGAAUGCACGGCAUUGAAAUAGAAAAUGGAGCUCAAAUCGGAGGAGUAGUUUGUGAUAUUUGUAAUAAAGAAUUGUGCAGCAAAUAUUUCCUUCGGGUUCACAAACACAACACACAUGGUAUUGUAGAAUAUGGCGCUAGCCUCGUUCAACCCAGAAAGUCUGAAGGUGAACAAAAUUUCUCACAGCCUCUGAUUUCGACACCCGAACCUGAACCUGCCCUAAAACCAAAUGAUCUUGCCGAUUUAAGCCAUAGAUACUUUACACAUUUCACUGAAGUGUGUCCUAUUUGCAGCAGAAGAUUUAGGAGCGCUAAAUGGUUAAAAGCUCAUUUAGUAAGUGACCAUGGUCAAGCAGGAAUGGAAAAGUGGUCUGAGUUAGAACAGCAACUUCAGCAAUCUCUGGGUCAAAAUUCUAAAUCCUCCAAAUCUAUAAAAACUGAAAGAGCUAGUCCAAAUUUAAAGGUUCCCAAUGGUGGACACGAGACACCGCAAAAAAAUUUAGGCAUUCAAAAUGUUUUAUCUUCAAUUUUUGGGUCUGAAGAAGUUAACGCCAAAUCUUAUCAAUGUUCCUAUUGCCCAUUCACUUCACCUUUGUUACCUCUAUUAUUUAUUCACGAAAGAACUCACGCCUUUAACGAAAAUGUUCCCCUUAAAUGUCCUGUAUGCCCCCAAUCAUUUUUAGAGAGGGAAUUGUUUCAACAUCACAUGUAUAGUCAUCAUCCUUUUCUACACUUACCUCCGGUAUUUAAUGGCCAUUCAGAUAUUAUAAGCAAAGAUCAAGCCCAACAAGAAAUAGUGAAAGAUGAAGAUUCGGUUCCAGCUACAGUUACAGAAGAAAGCGGAGAAAAUAUACAUCCAAAUAAUGUGUCACCAACAGAUAAAUUAAAGAAAGAUCCACAAAGAAUUAACAUAACAGAACUGCCGCUGGAGGUGAGUCAAUCUCUUAGGGACGUUGCCGAAAAAGCUCAGUUGCCAGCCACCUACGCCUUACCCCACCAAGGUAUUAACGAUGUACCACAGGAUGAGAAUUCUUCAGAUACAGCUGGGUAUGUAAUGCAAGCUUUUUUAUUAGAAGAAUCUGCAUCAGAUCGCAGAGUAGUGCCAUCCGUUGUUUUUCUACCAAUGCUUCAAAAACAACCUGCUCCUUUAACAGUUACUUUUACACUUACGCCAGCCUAACCAAAUUUAUUUUUUUUUAGACUAUAGUCUAAUCAAAUAAGAUAGGUUUUAA